UAAAUAUUUUAUUGCAUAUAUAAAAGGUAUGUACAGUAAAAAUUUUCACUACUUUUUUUUGUUGUUAUCUACAGUAUAAUUUUUUUUAUAUUUUUACUAGUUGUCGUCUCAUUCUUUUACUUUUACCUAAAACCGUAACCGUAAAGUCGCCCAUCGACAGAAACUGAACGUGUCGCGGUUAUCAGUUUCACAGCUUAGGGCGCUGGCACUGUUCAAGGGACAGAAGAGAAGCGCAAAAUCGUUUCGUAGCACUUAAAACGGUUCAAAUUCGUUGGUGCUUUAAUGUAAUAUCUCCUUGUAAGAAGUAACACAAAUAAACUCGACAGUUUCUACACACAAAAUGGCAAUAAACUUGGGCUCCUUAAUUGCCAUGGCAAUCGCCAUUGGAAUUGGUACUAUUCCAUUUAAAGAAAUUAUACGAUCCUUCGAAAGAUACGACGAGCUUGAUCCAGAAUCUCCUAUAAGAAAUACUCGUGAGUUGAAUCAAACGUAUGAUUUCAUCAUUGUGGGUGGUGGAAGUGCUGGAGCAGUAGUUGCUUCGAGACUAUCUGAGGUAUCCAAUUGGAACGUAUUGUUAAUAGAAGCCGGUGAUAAUGAGAACGAAAUUUCGGAGAUCCCAAUUUUAACAUUCUACAAUCAAUUAACGGAAUUAGAUUGGAAAUAUCAAACCACACCGUCAACGACAUCUGCUUAUUGUCUCGCAAUGGUAGGAGAUAGAUGUAAUUGGCCACGUGGAAGGGUUCUAGGUGGAAGCAGUGUCCUAAAUGUUAUGGCAUAUGUUCGUGGAAACAGAUUGGAUUACGACAACUGGGCAAGAAUGGGUAACAUCGGCUGGAGUUACGAAGAAGUUCUUCCUUACUUUCUUAAGUCAGAAGAUAAUAGAAACCCUUAUUUAGCGAAGUCACCUUACCAUAAUACGAGUGGCUACUUGACUGUACAGGAAGCUCCGUGGACAUCUCCAUUAGCGAUCGCUUUUUUGCAAGCUGGACAAGAACUAGGUUAUGAAAUACGUGAUAUCAAUGGUGAAAGUCAGACUGGCUUUAUGAUCCCACAGGCUACAAUACGGCGAGGAAGUCGUUGCUCGUCUGCUAAAGCUUUUUUAAGGCCGGUAAAGAACAGACCAAAUCUCCACGUAGCAUUAAACACUCAAGUAUUAAAAGUGCUCUUCAAUGACGAAAAACGAGCUACGGGGAUAGAAUUUCUUCGUUACGGUUUAAAACAAACUGUUAAAGUAAGAAGAGAGAUUAUUCUGUCAGCUGGAGCAAUCAAUUCACCCCAAUUGCUAAUGCUAUCAGGCAUAGGACCAAGAGAACAUCUCGAGGAACUCGGAAUAACGGUAAUAUCUGAUCUUCGAGUUGGAGACAAUCUUCAGGACCAUGUUAGUGUCGGUGGAUUAAGCUUUACGAUAAAUGAUACUAUUACUUUAAAAAAGGAACGCUUAGUAUCAGUACCAAUAUUAUUGAAUUAUUUAAUAAACAAUGAGGGACCAUUAACUAAUCCUGGAAUCGAAGCUUUGGCAUUUAUUAAUUCAAAAUACGCUGAUCCAUCUGGUGCUUAUCCAGAUAUUGAGCUCCACCUUCUAGCAGGUUUAAUUAAUAGUGAUUUUAAAAAUAUACGGAAGUUUUUGGGAAUCCAAGACAUUUAUUACAAUAAUGCAUAUAAAUCACUAAAAGAUUAUGACAGUUGGAUCGUAUUACCUCUUUUAUUAAGACCUAAAAGCUCUGGAUGGAUUCGUCUUAAGAGUAAAGAUCCUUUGACUCAUCCUGACAUUAAUCCGAAUUAUUUCGCUUAUAAAGAAGAUAUAGACACUUUAAUAGAUGGUAUACAAUUUCUCAUGGCUAUUUCAAAUUCAAGUACUUUUCAAAGAUUUGGUUCUAGACUAUACUCUGUUAAAUUACCAGGCUGUCAAAAAUUCCCUUUUGCUACUUACGCAUAUUGGGAAUGUACUAUACGACAUUUUACUUUUACUAUAUAUCAUCCAGUGGGUACGUGUAAAAUGGGACCAAAAGACGAUCCAACAGCUGUCGUGGAUCCAAGAUUAAGAGUGUAUGGUGUGAAAGGUUUAAGAGUCGUUGAUGCAUCUAUAAUGCCUACCAUUGUGAGUGGAAAUACUAAUGCACCUACUAUCAUGAUCGGCGAAAAAGCUAGCGAUAUGAUUAAAGAAGACUGGCGAUAACAACAACAAUAGUUUUUACAUCAUAAUUAGAAUUAUUACAUUGAAUGUAUAUUAGUUAAUUAAAUAUAUGUGGGGUGUGUUGAAAAUUGAAGAGGUUGUGUGUGUAAGUCUGUGUGAGUCCAAACGUCCGAGGGCUUGUGUGUGUAAGUCUGUGUGAGUCCAAAGGUCCGAGAGGUUGUGUGUGUAGGUCGGUGUGGGUCCAAAGGUUCGACAUGUUGUGUGUGUUGUCGGUGUGGGUCCAGUUGUCCGAGUGCGUUUGGAACAUGCGGGGUGGGGAAGAAACCUCAUAAGGAGAGGACGGACACGCAUCGGGGGUUUGUUGUUUUCGAGAGAGUAGCGUGGAGAGAACUGAGUGACGAGAGCGAGUGAGAAGAGAGUAGCGAGUGAGUAGUGAUUCUGUGAGGUCUGAAUGAGUGCAAGAAGUUGCGAAGCGUUAUUGUAAUUAUUAUUGUAAUGGUAAUUGUAAUUGUAAUAAGCAAUAAUUUGUUAGAAUAAAGAGUAUCUUUUAUAUCUCAA